AUGCCAAACUGGCGUGAACUUCCUGCUGAGAUUCUGGAAAAAAUAUUCAGCUAUGUUAAACAAGAUUGGAGAUACCAGCCAAGCUGGUUAACACAGUAUCAGUUGACUUGUAAAAGCUGGAGUCAGACAGCAAGAGAAUGCCUGUAUGGUGAAAUCACGUUUGAUAGCGUCACAAUAAUGGAGAGGUUCAUCAAGUGUAUGCAAAAUAGUCAUUCAGGAUGGUUUACUAGGACGAUAACUUUUUAUGGCAACAAAAUCAGUAGGUCUAGAGAUAAUCCAGAAGAUUAUCAAUAUAUUUAUUGGACCGUCUCUUCGCAGAGUCUUUCUGAGCUUGCCAAAGUCUGCCCAAAUGUAGACCACGUUAAAGGUGGGCUUACUGGCCGUGAUCAAUGGCUUACUCUUGGGACAGUUACAACAACAUGCUGGCAAAACAUCAAAGAGCUCCCUUAUCCUACGCGGACUGAUUCAGCGGAUGACUGUGGACUUCCUUACUACAUCGAUAUCGCCGUUACUUGUCGCCAGACACUGACUCAUCUGUAUUGGCCACGAUAUCCCUCUUAUGCUGCUGCUUUAGCCCCUCAGUUACCAACCUUUAGCAACUUGACACACUUGGCUGUGAAUGAUGUUUCUUCUUCAGUUCUCAUGGACUAUGAUGAGAUUAUCCAGUGUUGCCCAAAUUUAGUGUCUUUAAGCUCAAAUUGUAUCAAAUAUGAAUGGGACAUAGGGUUGCCAGACAAUUACUCGAAGAACUACGAUAUGUCCUUAAUACAGCCACACAAUAAAGUCAAGAAGCUUGAUGUGACACUCCUCUUUCAUAAAGAUGUCCUUCGUUAUAUCAUGCGUAAGUUUCCCAAUCUAGACACUCUCAGCUUGAGGAUUUGUUAUGAUAUAAUACUGUUUGAUAAUUGGAUAAACGAUGUAGAAAGUUACUUUGUAGAAAAUGGAGAUGAGCUCAUGAAAUACCUGACUAGAUUUCAUGAUUAUGAAUUCUAUGCACCAAUUGGAUCCUCUCUGGUUGAGAACUACAUAAGAUUUACGCCCAAUGCAGACAUCCUAAUUCGUGUAGGCUACAUGACUUCAGAGCUUACUCUCUGUAAAAACGCAAUGAACUUCAAAUGUGAAAAAGACGCAAAAGAAGAGAGAGAAAGACUCAAGCGAAUAUUUAGUAACUGUUACCAAAACAUAAAUAGCUACUCCUUAGAAUAUUUUGGGAAAUCCAAGGAUGUCGUAGCAUGGAUUGAAGAUAGCCUCGAAGCGUGUAAAGUGCUGGAGACUUUCCAUCUUGGCACUGAUCGCUUAUGCUUACCGUCAAGAGCAGCAAUGAUAGCAGGGGUUCCAUUAAAUUCUUCUGUGAAAACGCUCUCAUUGGAUGUACAAGGAAUAGAGAAUGGAUCUCUUGCCGCUUAUGCACGCUUACUACCAGCAUUACGCAAUCUAACCAUCUCAUAUAGAUUCUCCCAAAAGGCAAUCAAGUAUACAGUACAAAUGCCAGAUACUUCUUUUGACCACUUAUGCCUCCAUCUUCAUAAUCGUGAAUACUCAUGUGGUCAUGACAAAAGCAACUCGAUGAAACAGGCAAUUUUAAUAACUACAACAAAGAAGUCGGGAAAGAAACAAUAUUUUAUUGACAUGGCAUCAGAAAAUGGAGUAAUAGGAGAAUAUAACGAAACAAUGGACGAUAAACCCAAUUUCUUAAUUACUCUCAAUUGUCAGUCUAUUGAUUAUUUUUCUUUAUAUAUUGACUACGAUCCUUUAUCUAUGGUACAGUGCCAGCUUAAAAAGUAUUCUCUAUUUUUAUAA